AUGUCAUUGAAAAAAUUUUUAUUGAGUUCGUCGUUUGUGUUUUUCAUCAUUCUGAACGACGUUGUCGAAUGUCAUAGAUUAAUAACGAAUCCAUAUCCGGUUCAAGAAUAUGAUUCGAUAGUCGUUUCAUCCGAUCCUAUACGAAUAACGGAAAGAAAACAAGAAAAUGAAGAAGAAGGAGGAGGAGGAGGAGGAGGGAAAAAUAAAUAUAAAAAAUACAACAACGAAAAAGCAAAUAAAAGAUCAUUUAACGAUUGUCCAAAAAAUGAUUUUAAAUGUUUGUACGGGUCAUCAUCAGACGACGGGGAAGAAGAAAUCAAAGGACAAGAAAAUGGAAAUUAUUAUUAUUAUAACGACGAUUGGAAAAAUAAUCGGGAUCAGGUAUCAUAUUCGCAAAUAACAGAAAGUACGACAAAUUUAAACGAUAAUAAUAAUGAUGAUAAGAAAAAAAUAAAUUCGGGUAAAUCUUAUUGGGAUGGUCAUCGUCAUCAUCAUAACAAUCAUGGAAACGGUCACAAUACCUACGAUGAUGAUAGAAAUAGAUGGGUGACUCUGGAUCCGGUACCUUGGUCGACGAGUAAAAUAUCAAAAUGGAAACCGAACGUGGAAAUAAACGAAACACCGUCACCGUGGUUGGAUAAUAAUCAUAACAAUCAACAACAACAACAUCCGGUUCAACAAUUUUGGGUAUCGGGUUCUAAUUUAAAACUUCAAAAACCUCACACGCAAUGGGGUAUAGGAUCUAAUAAUGAUAUAAUAACAGACAACAGGCCGAGUAGUUUUCCUAACGAUAAUAAUAAUUAUUCAUACGAACCGCAUAAUCAAAACGAAUUUAAAGAACCAUACAGAAGAAGGUAUCAGGUAUCGUCGGAGUCGACGAAUACGAAUACUCAUCAUCAUCAUCAUCCUUCAACGUAUCCGAGUUCGGGUAACGGAGAAUGGGUUUUGUUAUCGACUAAAAAAGGUUAUUCGCAUCCCCGCAAAUCCAACGAAAGGGUUUUAUGGUCGAGAAAUAUAAAACCCAUCGAUAUAUCACGGUACCACGAAGAAAAUUUAACGGAUAAAAAGUACAUGCUUAUCAAUAAGCAAACAUUCGGAGGAAGUGGAAAGAACAAAACUGUCACCAACAAUGGAGUUGGAAUGAUUCCGUUACAAAUAAUUCAAAGGAAUCCGAUAAAAAAAGGCGGUGGCGAACCUACGAAAACGACAACGAAAAAAAUUAAACUUGAAGUUUUACCAUCUUUGGAAAGUACCACCCUUAGUUAUGGUGGACACGUCGAAGUCGAUACGAAACCCGUUUACGAUAGAUUACAAGAUGAUAAAAUUAAAAAAUUACAAAAUGUUAAAAAAAAUAAAAUAAGAAAAUAUAAAUUAGUACCUAAAAAUAUGGUGACCGGAAAAGGGGUGGCACAGAGGAGUGCUUUAACGAUAGCAGCCGUUGGUGCGGGUAUGAUACCCGCAACUAUGGCUCUCCUCCUACCCAUGGCACUGAGCAGAAAUAAAAGAAGCAACAGGUUUCAAGAGGAAAUAAAUCGUCAGAUAUUCACUCCGAAUGCCUCCCCCAAUAAAAUGAAAAAAUAA